AUGGAUCUCUCGCAGUCGCAGGCCGGGGCGGCGAGUACGGUGCAUGUGAUGGCAAUUCCGUAUCCGGGAAGAGGGCACAUAAACCCCUUGAUGAACUUCUGCAAGCUCCUGGCGUCGACAACGCCCGAUGUUCUCAUCACUUUCGUGGUGACGGAAGAGUGGCUUGGGUUUAUCGGGUCCGAACCGAAGCCGGAUGCCGUCCGAUUUGCCUCCAUACCCAAUGUCAUACCGUCCGAGCGAGUCCGUGCAGAGAACUUCCCCGUUUUCUUAGAAGCAGUGAUGACGAAGAUGGAGGCUCCUGUAGAGAAACUUCUUGACCGGCUCGAGCGGCCGGUGACCACAAUCUUGGCCGACACAUACCUUUUCUGGGCAGUUCGGAUCGGGAACAAGAGGAAGAUCCUGGUGGGAUCGUUCUGGACCAUGUCGGUCUCGGUGUUCUCAGUGUUCCAUCACUUUGACCUCCUCGUUCAGAACAACCAUUUCCCCAUUGAUCUGGCAGAACGGGGAGAUGAGCUCGUAAACUACAUACCAGGACUUCCACCAACCCGUUUGGUCGAUCUUCCGACAUUCUUUGAAGGCAGAGGCAGAGAUACUUUGCACAGAGCACUAGAAUGCUUCUCUUGGAUGCCGAAAGCUCAGUAUGUAAUCUUCACCACCUUUUACGAGCUCGAAGCUAGUGCCAUUGAUGCUCUCAAAGCCGAACUUCGGCUCCCCAUUUACACGGUCGGACCUUCGAUACCUUACUUGGAGCUCAAAACUAUAUCCUCCCCAUCGGCGUCUCAAAAUGAUCGUCCCGAUUACUUUCGGUGGCUAGACUCUCAACCGGAAGCCUCCGUCCUGUACAUUUCUCUGGGGAGUUUCCUAUCGGUCUCGGGCGACCAAAUGGAGGAGCUGGCGGCAGGAGUGCACGGCAGCGGAGUACGGUUUUUGUGGGUGAGCCGAGACAGCGAUUCUUGGGUCAGAGACGGCAUUUGCGGCGAUAGGGGUCUGGUGGUGCCCUGGUGUGAUCAGUUGAAGGUGCUGAACCACUCUUCGGUUGGAGGGUUCUGGACGCACUGUGGGUUGAACUCCACCAUGGAAGCUGUCUUUGCCGGUGUCCCGAUGCUCGCCUUCCCGAUCUUUUGGGAUCAAAUUCCCAACUGCAAGCAGGUGGAGCAGGACUGGAAGAUUGGUUGGAAGGUGAAGAAGACAAGGGACAAGCUGGUGUCUAGACAAGCCAUUGCUGAGACUGUCCAGAGGUUCAUGGACUUGGACAGUGAGGAUGGGAAGGAAAUCAGGAAGAAGGCAAACGAGCUUCAACGAGCUUGUGGCCAAGCGGUCCUGAAAGGCGGGUCCUCUUACUCCGACAUCAAUGCUUUCAUCGGCGACAUCUCAAAGAAAAUAACGUGCUAAUGCAAGAACCCGAGGACUCUCGUGUACCCGCAAUUCAUAAUAGAGGCUUGCCCAUCGCGGCUUUCGACCAGUUUUUGUACCGCUAAUGUUUCUUUGAUCAUUACCGAAUUGAAUUCUACCCCCCACAGAA